AUGAAGGCUUCCUUCCCGUCACUCCCUUUCUCUCGCUCGUCUCUAUUCCCUUCCUCGCAUCGCAGGUGUGCUGUCCGAUAUUCAGGAUGUUGUGUCCAAUUGCGAUCGUCUCCGGGGUUCGAAGAGGUUGAAGAGACAGAGGGAAGAGGGGAAGGAAGGGCGUCGAUUCUCUGGCGACCCUUGUGGCAUAAUCGUCGUCAUCAGCAGCGCACAAAUGGGGGAAGGAGCAAACAACAAAAAAUCGACAUUUGGGGUGAAAUCAGGAACCAUCAUUGUUCGAUGUGGAUGGUUCAUCUGUCGAGCAAGGGAAAAGGAAAACGGAAGUAG